CCGCCGCCAGCGUUCGGAGCGCCGGCCCUUCGGCUCCCGCGCGGCCAUGGCGGGGCCGGGCCCGGGCCCGGGCGACCCGGACGAGCAGUACGACUUCCUGUUCAAGCUGGUGCUGGUGGGUGACGCGAGCGUGGGCAAGACGUGCGUAGUGCAGCGCUUCAAGACGGGCGCCUUCUCGGAGCGCCAGGGCAGCACCAUCGGCGUCGACUUCACCAUGAAGACUCUGGAGAUCCAGGGCAAGCGGGUCAAGCUGCAGAUCUGGGACACGGCUGGCCAGGAGCGAUUUCGCACCAUCACGCAGAGCUACUACCGCAGUGCCAAUGGGGCCAUCCUCGCUUAUGACAUCACCAAGAGGAGCUCCUUCCUGUCGGUGCCUCACUGGAUCGAGGACGUGAGGAAGUACGCGGGCUCCAACAUUGUGCAGCUGCUGAUCGGGAACAAGUCAGACCUCAGCGAGCUCCGCGAGGUCCCGCUGGCCGAGGCACAGAGCCUGGCAGAGCAUUACGACAUCCUGUGUGCCAUCGAGACGUCUGCCAAGGACUCGAGCAACGUGGAGGAGGCCUUUGUGAGGGUGGCCACGGAGCUGGUCAUGAGGCACGGGGGCCCUCUGCUCAGUGAGAAGAGCACUGACCACAUCCAGCUGGAUAGCAAGGACAUCGGAGAGAGCUGGGGCUGCGGGUGCUGACCGGGGCGCAGGGCAGGCAGGUGGGGCUUCCACACCUCUCUCUCUGGCCUGCCGAGCCCAGCCCUCCAGAGCUGGCCCUCCAGGGCACCAGCGAUUCUAGGGCAGUGGGAUAAAGUCCUGGAAUUGUCCAUCCUGUGGCCUGGAUGCUUGAUGGGAAAGCUACUCACGAGGAAGGAAGAAGCAGGAUACCUCCUGCGGGAGGCCUGUUGGCACAGGGUAGGAUGUGGGGCCCAUCCUACCAGCCAGCAGCUGUCCCCUCUGCGUUCUUCACAUUCCAGGACUGGCUCGAGCCUGCCGGUGUGGACCGCAGGGGGAGGUGUCAGGAAUGUGCCUCUCCUGCUCCACGUGUACUAGUUCUGACCAUUUCACACCUUGAGUGUGCUGCAGCUAUGGCAUCAGGUUACGGCUUUCCAGAGAUGUGGCUGGUGCCCUCGGUUCUUCCAGGUCAUUCCAGGGCCUCUGUAUGUAGCUGCAGAGAGCAAGAGCAACCAGCCCAACAGACUCGAUUCCUGAGUACAGCCCCACGAAAGCCCUAACUCCUUCCGGGCAAGGAACUUGCUUCCUUUCUUCACUGCCAGCUCUAAGCUCACAGACACCUUGGGGCCCAGCUCAUUGCCUUAUAGCAAGACCUUUCAAGUUUUCUGGUUUUCCAUGUAGCUUCUCGUUUUCAUUGGCACAAGUGUGGGGUCAUGGCCCACAGCCAGUUGGGGACCAUCUGCUGGCUUGGGGCCCGAAGUUUUGCCACUCAGGUUGCAAAACCAGCUAAUUCUUCAGUACUGGCUCUCAGAAGCUUGGGGAGCAGGGGAAUGAGAUAGGAAUGUGGACAUUUAAGGGAAAAGUUCAAGCUCGCAUCUCUGAGGCUCAGGUCUGAGACGGACCCUCAGGGCACCCAGGCUUACCCCAUGUGCGGGGAUCCUUCCUGCCACAUUCAGAGCGUCAGCUCCCCAGCGCUCCCAGUCUAGCUUAUGGAGUUUCCCAAAUGAAAAAGGCAAGGCCCUGGCGGUGCUGGGUCUGGCCAUUCCAUCCCCCUGGGCCCACCCGCCCUCCAUGGCCAGGUGCUGAGGAUAGAAGGCAGUGGGGGCUGGGAUCACUGGGGCUCUUGGAAGCGGCACCGAACUCGGGGGUGUAGCUCAGGAUCACAAGGCCUGGGCUGGGGGUGGCAGGUGAUCUUCCCAAGCCGAUUCCAGUUCCUCCAUGUCAGCCCAGCCCAGGUCCUGCGGCCCCUCAGGAAGUAAACUGCUCUGGGAGCCCCAGGCGAGGCCACAUCGCAAGGGGCAGCCCGGAGCCUCUCAGAGCCCAGGCAGCGCCCCAGGCUCAGUUCCAGCCCCGGAGCUGGGCCACAGCGCUCCAGCUCAGCCUUCCCUCAUCUUCCACUCCAAGCACCUUAGUCUGCGGCACCCCCUGUCCCAGGCAGGCUUGGCUGCUGAGCAAGAAGCCAGGCCUUUUGCAGCAGCUCCACAGCAGUCUGGGGAGGCAGCGCUGGGCAUGGAUGGGCUUUCCUGGCUGAGACAGAGACAAGCAGGGCUGAUGGCUCCCUUUCAGGCAGAGAGGCAGCCGUGGAAUGGCCAAGCCUGAUUCUGGAGGGGAAGGAGGAUGUUGGCCUGGUUUGGCCAGGAGCUGCUGCACAGUCGUCUGCACUGAGAGGAAUCAGCCCACUGCUAGCUGUGCUGGGGUGGGAGCUGGGAGAAAGAAGGCUGCCUGGCUUCAUUCCUCAGUGGUCUUGCUGAUGGGAUGGGGCCCAGCUGCUGGCAGGGAGAGCUCGUGUCUGCCCGGCUCCUCCAUUGCAGUGCCUGGGCUCCGCCUGCGGAGUAGAAAGUGCCUGUCACUGAGGCGUUCCCUAAAGAGGGGCCUCAUUCAGGUCAAUGACGAAGGUCCUCCAGCCCCAUGACCUCUCUACCUGGGGCUGAUGUUGGGGCAGAGCUGGGCAUUCAACCCAGGCUCAAACUGGAAGAGAAAGUUCAUGAAGCCCCACCUUGCAGAGACCUGCUGCUGUGGGGGCUGGGGGACAUGCAAAGGAUCUUGGAGCAGAGACCUGGGCCUGCACCCUGUGAUUGACUUGGAGCCCCAGUUCCAGAGGAGCAGAGGUACUGACCCUGCCCAUUACACCUGCUGCCCUCUGCCUCAGGACUGGGGGUGGCCUUCAGCUGCCUCGCAGGGGUUACGGAAAGAGGGAGGCCCCUCCACCCAUCUCUUUCACAGGUUUGCCCUGGGCUGCCAUGAGGAUCCAGCGUAGACACAGGAACAGGUAGCUGGCUGGUGGCAGGGGCUCAUUUGUCACCUUGGUCUGUGAGCCAUCCCCCUCCACCUCCCACCCCUGGGGCAGGAGGCCUAAAACCCUGCAAAGGCGUGGCUUAGAAGGGGGAAGGGAGCAGCGGGCCCAGCCUAGGACCAGGAGGUUUCCUCUCAGUGGAGGCCUCCUGGCUCAGCCAGCAACCAAGGAAACAAUACUACACCUCCUCUCCUUUCACAAUCCCAAGAUGUCAGAAACGCUGGGCCCAGUGGCUCUCCUGCCACUCCAUCCUCCAGGCACGGGAGCAGCCUCACUCCAGGGGUUUACCCUAGAAAUCCGGGGCUCAGCUUGGGCUCCUCGCCUUUUCUCCUCACCCUACCACAGUGCUGGGAUCCCUCCCCCAAAGUGUCCCCUGCCCCUCCGCUCCAGACAGGCCUCUUCCUCUCAUCCAGGCCACCUCCUGGGCCCCUGGGCUUCCAGCCUUCACUACCCCAAGCCACCCUCCUGCUGCUGUCAGAGUGGCAACUGUGAAAGGUCACUCCUGGUCCUCUUCUGCCCCCUUCUGCUCUCACACCUUCCAGGGGGCCCUGGGGCCCUCAGGAUGCAUCCUUACUUGACCCAGAUGUCCAAGGCCUCCACAGCUCCACCUCUGCUGCUCUCCAGCACCUUCUUGUCCCCCAGGAGCACCCUCCGUCCAGGCCAACUCCUUCCUGACCUCCUCCACAUAGUGACCCUGCCCUUUUGUUCGUGUCAUUUAGAAUCUCACAAAUGACCCAGCUGAACACCUCUGAGAACUGGCCCUGCCCCCAAGCUAGUCCCUUGCCCAUAGUACCCUCUGGCAAGAAUGAGUUCUUUCCCCACCCCUUGGCCUGCGAGGUCCCUUCUUCCUGGGUUGAAGCCAUUUCUGGCCCUCUAUCUCAGACACAAAUGCUAGUGCUCAGGGCCUGGCCCCGAGUGUGAUGGUGACUGCCUGCCAUGUGGGGAGCCUGCGCUGCAGUGCUCCGUCAGGUGGGAAGCUCACUACCUCUCUGGGCCUUAGUCUUCUGUCAAAUGGGGACCCGGACUUGGGUAAGAGAAAAUCGGGAAGCACGUGAGGCAGAAAACAAGAUCCGCCUCUGUUUCUUCUCCCAGCAGCCCAGGGCCUCUGGGGCAAGAGAAUAGUUUAAUCUCUUUGUUUAUAAAUUACUCAAGAACAGGAGCAGGUGGGGUCAGGGGCCAGGGUAUGGGCGAGGGGGCAGGGGAAGGAGGCCCAGGAAGUGUCCCAGCAGGCACCAGGCCUAGAGGAGGGCAGUCUGCGGCCUGGGUGGGGCUGGUGUGACGUGGGCCGGAGGAGAACAAGAGGAAGACUAGUGUUUAUACUCCCAGGAAGAGGCGUGGGGCGGGGAGGGACACGAUCCUGACUCCUAAGCCAGAGAGGGGGCUCCUUGAAGAGGACCUCCUAGAAGGGGAGUUUUGGCCCCAAGGACACAGGCCCCAUCAGGAAUGGAGCUGGAGGAAGCUCCUGAUUCAUAUUGAAUUCAGUUACUCUCUUCCCCCUGAGGACUUCCGGGGCUGGGGCCUCAGGGACCCUCUAAGCCUUGCCGGCCUGGACUGCUGGGGGACAGGAGGGCCUCAGCCAGCCCAAGGAUGCCGUUUGCAUUUGGGAAUUUUUCACAUUACCUAUUUAUGAAUAUAUAAAUCUUUAUAUCAAAUCUAUUUUUUAAAACAUGGAAAAGUUGCCUUUAUGGAAACUUAGCAGAGCCAGAGUGUACACAUUCCUAAACCAUUAAACAGAUUUCUGUAACAAGCCAA